UUGACGGGCAAGAUGGCGGCCUCCAGGUUGCAGGGGUUGGCAGGCAUGACUUUGCGCCUGGCGGGGCUGCGGGCUCUGGGAAGUCGAGGUGCUCUGCAAGUGACACUAGCACGGCGUGGGUAUAGAGCCGGGGGGUGGCAGCAGCGGGGCAGGAGGGGACUGGGGCUGGUGUGUGUGCUGGGAGGUGUUCUGGGGUCCUUACAGGCCGUGUCAUACUCACUGCAGGAGCCCAGAGCUGAGGAGGAGACGCAGCAGCAGCAGCCUCAGGAUGGAACGCUUCGUCUCACACUGUAUCAGUACAAAACUUGCCCCUUCUGCAGUAAAGUCCGGGCUUUCCUAGACUAUCACCAGCUACCUCAUGAGAUUGUGGAAGUGAAUCCAGUCUUGAGAAAAGAGAUUAAGUUCUCCAUCUAUAGGAAGGUGCCCAUCGUCUUGGCACACUCUGGGUGCUCUCUGCAACUGAAUGACUCUUCCGUUAUAAUCAGUGUGAUAAAAACGUUCCUAGUCUCAAAAAGGAAAAGUCUUGAGGAGAUUGUGUCAUAUUACCCAUCGAUGAAAGCCGUUAACGAUAGAGGGAAGGAAGUGAUAGAGUAUAACAACAAAUACUGGCUGAUGCUAGAUGAACAGGAAACUGAGCGAAUUUACCCCAACAAGGAAGCUCGAAUGGAAGAAAUAAAGUGGCGCCGCUGGGCGGAUGACUGGCUUGUUCACCUGAUCUCCCCCAACGUUUAUCGUAACCCCAGCGAGUCGUUAGCUUCUUUUGACUACAUCGUCCGGGAAGGAAACUUUGGCACAGUGGAGGGACUAUUCGCUAAAUAUUUUGGUGCUGCUGCCAUGUUCAUAAUCGGCAAAAGACUAAAGAGCAGGCACAAUCUGCAGGAUGAUGUGCGCCAGGAUCUCUAUAAAGCCGCCAAUGACUGGGUUCGGGCUGUGGGGAAGCACAGAAAGUUUAUGGGAGGAUCACAACCGAACCUUGCUGACUUGGCAGUGUACGGCAUCCUGCGAGUGAUGGAAGGCUUGCAGUCAUUUGAUGACGUGAUGGCAAACACCAAAAUUCAGCCCUGGUACCAGAGAAUGUCUGCAGCAGUUCAGAAGGGCUCUGUCGCCGGUUAAACUGCUUGAGAAAAAGAAUAUGGUUCAAAUCGCUGGCAAGUUAACCUGCACAACGGUUUUUCUGUCCUCCUUUAGACUCGCUGCAUGAUGGGCUAUCUAGGACUGAGGAUACAUUUACUCUCAGAUGCACAAAAUAACAUGAAAACAAAUGAACGGUUUAGGAAUUCUAUCCUGGGUGGUUUUAUCUAGAUUGCAAUGUAAUGUUCUUGGUUCUGCUAUUGCUUUUUGUGACUGGUCCAGGACAUGAAAGCGUCACUGUUCUUGUUCCUCUGUACAAGGAAUAUUUGCUCAUCUGGAGAUAUUUUCCGUUCUGUAGCUGAUCCGUUAUUAGUAAAGACUUUCAUUAUGAGUA